CAGGAUGUGGCGUACAGCAGCUGAGGGCGCUUCCGGGGCGGGCCGGGGGGGCUGUCGGCGGGCCGGGCAGCGGCAUGUGAGUGGCGGUUCGCGGGCCGGAGCAGCAACGAUGCCAGCCCUGGAGAGCAGAUCCAUUUUUGAGGCUUCCCAGGACCCCACCUUCCUGUGUGGGCUGUCCCUUGUCACUGGAUUUUCAGUGGAUUCAUCAGUCACGGACCCAGGGCCCAUAAACCAUGAGAAACCUGCAGUUGCCAGUGGUGAGGAGAGAGCCCGGGGGGUCCCCAAGGUACCCGACCGGAUGUACUGCUCAACUUGCGCACAGGCGUUCGACAGCCGGGAGGAGCAGACUGAGCACUACCAUCUUGACUGGCACCGUUUCAACUUGAAGCAGCGGCUGCUGGGGCACCAGACACUGCCGGCAGAGGGAUUCGAGGAGAAGACCUGCGCAGGUGAUGUUUCUAGCAUCUCAGGAUCUGAUUCGGAGAGCUCCAAUUCGAGCAGUGAGUCAGAGUCGCUGCCCCCUGCCAGCGAUGGUCCUGCGACCCACCAGGUCCCCCGCUCCCACAAGGUGCUUUUCAGGAACGCGAAGGGCGAACUCAUCUCUGCCUACCGCUGUGUGCUGGGCUCUGGAAAGGGUGACAGCGAGGAGCCAGCAGAGCUGGUGGCAUCGCUCCAGAGCCUCAGUGCGAGCACGUGCUGGGUUGUGCUGAUGAUGGGUGGCGGACACUUCGCAGGAGCUGUCUUCCAGGGCCCCCAGGUGCAGGAGCACAAGACCUUCCACCGCUACACAGUGCGAGCCCGGCGGGGCACAUCCCAGUGCCUGCGGGAUGCCCAGACCCCAGCUGCAGCACCCAGGUCAGCCGGAGCCUCGCUGCGACGUUACAAUGAGGCUGCGCUGCUCAAGGACAUCCAGGACCUGCUGGCAGGCUGGGCGCACCACUUGCAGGAAGCCCAGCGCAUCUUCCUCCGGGCCCCCCGCCACAACCGGUCGCUGCUCUUUGGUGGCAGGAACCCACCUCUUACCCGGGGUGACACCCGCGUCUACCACAUCCCCCUCAGCACCCGCAGGGCCACCCUGCGGGAGGUGCUGCGAGUCCAUGCCGUGCUGGCCAGCCUGCAGGUAUACGGGAAGGACACGCCACUGGAAGACAUCACUGGGUCCCCCCGGAAGAGCUGGCAGAAGGGGCAGCGGGUGGCAGUAGCGGAUCCUCUGCGGGAGGACAGGAGUGCCCCUGCCCUGUCACCCCCCUCAGCCCCGGAGGAGGAAGAGGAGGAGGACAGCCUGAGAGGGGAGCUGGAGACUGUGGAGGUUACAUUGGGAACCUUGGACCUCCAGGAGUUUGAAGUGAUGCCCAAGCGAAACCGCAAGAGGAAGAGGAAGAGGGACAAGAAGGUGGAGAAAGGGCCCUGUGCUGAGGAGACGGGAAGCCCGGAGCUGUCGACAGAGCCACAGGGGCAGGCUGGGGCUGAGCCCCUUUCCUGGGAAAAUGGAGGAGACCCCCAGACCCAGCUCCGCGAUGCCCUGUUCACAGCCUGCAAGACGGGGGAUGAGGGCACCCUGCGGCAUCUCCUGGGUGUGCCAGAGAGCGGGAGCCCGCCAGGGGACAGCGAGGGUGGGAAGGAGGCUGUGCCCUGCUCCCUGCUCAACCAGCCUGUGGAUGAGCGUGGCUACACCCUGCUGCACGUGGCAGCACGUGCAGGGAAGGCCGAGGCCGUGUACCUGUUGCUGGAGGCAGGAGCUGACCCUGCGCUCAGAGACAGGCAGGAGCAGCCCCCCUACUGCGUCUCUGCUGACAAACCGACCCGCAACGCCUUCCGCAAGUUCGUGGUGGACCAUCCUGAUAAGUAUGACUACAGCCGUGCCAAGGUGCCCGGGCCCCUGACACCAGAGAUGGAGGCAAAGAAGCUGGAGAAGAAGCGGGCACAGAAAGCCCAGCGGAAGCAGCGGGAGCAGGCACGGAGGGAAGAGCGGCAGCGCUGGGAGCAGGAGCAGGACGAGAAGCAGCGGUUUGCUGCCCUAUCUGACAGGGAGAAGAGGGCCUUGGCUGCUGAGCGGAGGCUGGCUGCACAGCUGCAGGAUGCCGGCACAACUCUUGCUAACACCAGCCGCUGCUGGCACUGUGGGGAGUCCCUGCUGGGCCAGAUCCCUUUCCACUACCUUGACUUCUCCUUCUGCUCCACGGCCUGCCUGCAAACCCACCGCCGAGCCCGGGCCAGUCACACAUAGGGCUGGAGACUGCUGCCACGUGCCAAGGACCAAUGCAGCGGAGACAGGGCUGAGCACUGGCUGCAUGGCAGGGGCACGGAGACCCCUGAAGCGCUGCUGUGUGGAGUGACUGAGCUGGCCAUGUCACUCUCUGGGGCAAUUGCGGCAAGGCUUCGGUCAGCCGCAGGGUGCACACUGCUCUAGGCAGGGCUCUGGGGGCAUUAGAGCCAGGAUCCCCUACGUGCUAACAUGAGGGGCCUGGGCUGCCCCAUGGCCCAGCCCGGCUCCAGCUGGGAGAUCCUGGUGGCUGCCCUUUUCCCUGCUGCCUUCCAGACUGCUGCCUCUGGCGCUGGGACAGAUCCUAAUGCAUCCAGACCCUGCAUCCCUGAGCCGCUUGCAGCCGUGCCUAUGGGCAUCCUCGAGGCUAGGCUUCUUCCUCUCUUCUCCUGGGUGCCGUUGGCAUCUCAGCCAUAUUGUGUUGGCAACUACCUCCUGUGCCUGUAUUGUCAAUAAAGAGGUGUCUGAACCUGCUA